AUGAAAGAAAAAAACAAAAAAUUCGAAUUUUUCCUUAAUUUUAUCACCUUUACCCUUUUAAUAUUGACAUGGUAUUAUCCUGAUGAGGGCAUUUCCCCUGGUAAACCCUUUGGCCAGGGAACACAGUCAAGCAGCUCAUUACACAUACGAACCAGCAGAUUGCUGAGAGGAAAUAUAGAGCAAGAUGUGAACCAGAAGUAUGCAUCUCUAAGAGAAAGCAUAAAACAAUUAGUAAAAGAAGAUGAUGCCAAUUUUAAAAGAAAAUUAAUUUCCCUAUUACGUGACCACCAAAUUGACAAUAAGUUUAUUAGCACCUUAAUGAAAAAAUGUGGUGAAUUAAAAAACACUGAUUCGUACAGAAAAGGACGCCACCCAUCAAAAUAUGAGAACAUGCAUGACAAAGAAUUAUAUAAAUCAAGAGAUCCAAAUAGAGGGUUAAAGCAUAGACAAAGUAAAAAAGGUUUUUUUUCUUCCCUUUCUAAAUUUUUAAAAAACUCGGACGCAUUGUACGAACAAGAAUUUAUCAAGUUGAUAACAUAUGAUGAUAGAACUAGUUCGCGCGCCAAAAGAACAUCGGGAAAACUGAAAUUGUAUUUUAAUAUUAUUUCUCCACUCCUGACAUGCGCCUUAUUUGUGCUUGGAUCUUUGGUACUAUACCAUCCUGUAGUUUUUUUGUCGUCAGUCAUAGCAUAUUUGAUAACUGUGUUUUACAUGUUGUAUAAAUCAGUGAUAGUUUCCAAAAAAUGUUCCAUCCAAGACAGGGUAAAUAAGAAACGACGUAGUGAGCUGACUGCUGCUCGAAGAUAA